CUGAUCUGUCAAAAAUUGGCACUGUCAAAGUUGUCAAUAUUUUCUACGAAAGGUGAACGAGAAAUAAAUUCUCGUAAAAAUGUCGCUAGCGAAGUAUUUAGCACUCGACAAAGUCGCAACAUUCUUCAACAUCAUCCGCCAAAAUGGUGGAAUUAGAGCUUCUUUGUUUAAACUCUACAGACAAGAUGAAUUGAAAGACGGAGUCUUAGUUGGUGAAGACAAAUAUGGCAACAAGUACUUUGAGAACCCUCGCUACUUCUACGGCAGGAACCGCUGGGUGGAGUACUCCCCGGACUACCACAUGAACUAUGAUGGAAGCCAGGUUUCAGCAGAAUGGUUCGGCUGGCUCCACUACAAGACCGACUUGCCGCCACAACAGGACCCCGGCAGACCUAAAUACCCUUGGAUGGCGGAGUUCACGGAGAACCUGUCGGGAACCACCGGCCAGUACACGCCCUACAGCACCACCAGGCCCAAGGUGGAGGCCUGGGAACCCAAGGCCAAGGCCUAAGCACGGAUACCGGAUAAAGUCAUAUUUAUCAUUUAGUUGUAAGUAGAGGAAUAAAUAAAUCAUGUUGCGCUGUU